AUGCCGGUGGUGUUUGCGGGGCCAGCCGGGCCCCGGGGACGGACAUCGGUGCUGAAGGCUGGGGGGGGGAUCGACAAAAAUGGGGCCAUAAACCGCCCCCAGCUCCCCAGCAACAGCCAGUUCUUCACCCCCAACCCGACCGGGUACUCCAGAGAAGAGACGGCGGCGCAAAGCGCCCAGAAGCACCGAUGGCAGCCGGAGGAGGAUGAGCCCGCCAUUUUCCAUGCGCGCCUUCUGGCGGGCGGCAGCCGUCUUGGAGACCUGGCCUCGAGCCUUGGAUCUCUUGCAGGGGCGAUCCUGGGAGCCAUGGAGACAGCAGGAGGAUGUCUCUCCACAUCUCCAACCCUGGUGCAACCAGCCCAAGGUGCUGCACAGACGGGAACUGGCGAGAUGAGCAGAAGGAACUCCUUGUUGCAGUGUAGCCACCGGCUCCUACUACGACCAACCUUCACUAUACUGGUGUUGCUAGCUGUCUUCCACGUGAGCCUAACCAAUGGCCAGCACCACCAGAGAGAGCCUUGGCGAGAGAAGAAUGUGCCGCCUGACUUUCUGUCCCGCGUUACUCGUGCCAUGAGGGAGGCCUUGGAAGACUUGCUUGGACCAGAGUAUUUUUUGAUAUUGAAUGAGCAUGUCUCUUCCCUGUUCUGGGUAUUAUCCUCUGGGAUCUCUGCAGGUUUAUUUGCUGUGGCUCGAAUUGCAGGGCAGUUCCUUCCUUCCUUUGGGAUUGAUGGGGAUCAUGCAACUCAGUUCCUGAAGCUGAGCCCUCACCAGGUGCAGACACUGCUUCUCUGGGGCCUGGCAGCUCUGAUUGGCUACUGGGUGCUGUCACUGCUGCUGAAUCUGAUGCUCGCCAUCUUGAGCCAUAUCAUGUGGGGCCUCAAGGUGCUUAUCUUCAUGUCCUGCUUCAUGUUCAUUGUCUCUAUGGUGCCUGAUCGUUCUGUGCAAGUUUCCCUUUUGCUGGCCCUGCUCAUGCUGUAUGCCCUGCUGGGGCGCCUGAGUGGAUCGCACCUCUCUGGGGCACGGCUGGAGGCCAAAGUGCGCGGCUUGGAGCGCCAAGUGGAUGAGCUGCAACGCAGGCAAAGGCGAUCGUCUCCCAAACACCUGGAUGAAGAAUGAAGCUUAAGGGAAGCUAUAAUAUCCACAUACCUUCUUUAGAAACAACCACUUCUGUCCUUUCUGUAUGUAUUCAGUGACUGCUUCCUAGACAUAGACAUUCUCAUGUAUCCCGUCACCCACAACUGUGCAGGAACAUGUGACUCCCGAAGGAAAUUUCUGUCCCUGGAAAUGAAUAUACCUGAGAUGGUAAUAGCUUUCUACUCGUCCUUCCGUACACUCUCUUCCUCUCCGUCCUUGUCUUCUCUGUCUUGUUUCAAUCAUGCCUCCUUCUAGACUCACCACACCAUCUACCUGCCUUAUUUUCCAACUGAUUCUUGACAGACCAUCUUGCUUCUUUACAGAUGGAAGGCCUGGUGUUGGAAUGACAGUGCUAAUCACUCUCAAAGAAUUGUAUGUUUACUUUUUUCCUCUAACCCUGCAUGCCAAAGACAAGAAUGGGGUGUUGUGCAGUAUACUCUAAGGGUCUAGAUGUGUCUCAAUUGGAAUAUCUAACAGCAGUGCCCCCUGUGCCAAGUGCCUUCCUAAAGCAAAAGAUGGCUGCUCUGUUUAUAGCAGCAACAGAGAAAAUUGGACUCAUUCGAAGCCAAAGAUAUCUGAUGAAUCCAAGGCCAAAUUAAGUCUCCUUGUGGACUCCAGUUCUGCAAGAGGGAAUUUGAUCAUCCAUGGCAAGUAAUGUUCACGUGCCUUCCCUGGUUGGAAAUAAGCCAUAGACGAGAGACAAAGUGAAUGUACUAAAUUCAUUCCUCCAGACAGAGUUCACUGUGUGCCACUAGCAAACCCAUCUUCGGAAGACUGGUGCUCCUGCUGACUGUUUUGAGGAGAAGGCCUAAUGCACUGUGGUCUUCAACAUAUCACUUGCCACUGUAUUUUU